AUGGACGGGACGGUUAUUAAUGAAGUUUCGAGCGUCGGUUUAAUCAUUUCGCUGUAUAUCCUCCUCAGGGGCCGUAGAUCUGUCUGCUACAAACCAGGUGGGGAUGUCAUAUGGAGCUGCAGAGACAGACGGAGACAAUGAGACAUCGCUUCGAUAGCUGAAAUGGAGGAUGCAGGUGUCCGACAACAGAAGCUGGACAAUCAGCGUUCGCUAUUAAUCAAGAAACAACAAAGAAGAAGGACAGAUGCCCGGAUGAUCACUGCGAAUCGUGACAUUCGUCCCAAGACACGCAAACAGAAAGCUGAGUCUGAUGAUACAGCUUUAUUGAUAAGCCAAUCUCAGAGCAACGUUUCCCUCAGUGACACACAGCCCGAGCAGAUUUACGAAAACACGGUGGAAGAGAUUUGUUUAGGAGAGAUGACCAUUUCAUCCAGGACAGAAGAGGCUUCUGAAGAGGUUGCUCAGUCUGUUCCGGUCAUCCCUAAGAAAAUCGAUCUAGAGAUCAGCCCACGGCACAGCACUAAAUGCACUUUAGUCACAGACGGACAGGCAGAUGGAAAGAAAACUAAGAAGAAGGGUGUUAAAAAAGGGCAAACAAAAUUACUUGAGGACAAACCUGCAUUAGAAGUGGAGGAAAAUGAGGGGAAAGAGAAAAAAACAGUGAAGAAGAAGGAUAAGAAAAAUGAAUCCAAGGAGAAAGUGAAGACAGAGGAACAGGCUUCGAUUCAGACCAUUCAGACUGAUUCAGUUGUGGAAAUCAACAUUAAUGAAGAGAAAGAACCUGAAUCAGAGAGCGAGGACGAAACAAAAGACUGCGUUCCUCCAACACCAAAGAAAAAACAACAUCCCAAACCGAUGAGAUGUCAUCUCAGUGAUAGUGAAGAAGAAAAAGAGGACGAAGAGGAGGAGGACAAAAAGAGGGAAGCUAAAAAACCACCAAAGAAGUCUAAAAAAGGAGCAAAAACUGAUGACAGUAUUGCUUCUUUAAACUCCAACUAUAAGGAGCCCGUCUCUGAUAGUGAUUCUUUGGACAUGGGAAGAUCCUCUCCGAUGUCUUUGGAGGAUCUGGAACAGUUUGCCAUGCGUCCUGCUCCGAGAGAUGUGACCAUUCAGUGCAGGAUCACCAGAGACAGGAGGGGAGUGGAGAAAGGCAUCUUUCCCACAUAUUACCUCCAUAUGGAAAAGGAGGAUGGGAAAAGGGUCUUUCUGAUGGCUGGCAGAAAAAGAAAGAAGUGCAAAACCUCGAAUUAUUUGAUAUCAAUCGAUCCUACCGAUUUAUCCAGAGAUACUGAGAGCUACAUUGGCAAACUAAGAUCAAAUGUCUUGGGGACUAAAUUCACUGUGUAUGAUAAUGGCGUGAAUCCAGAAAGGAAACCAUUCAUUAAAGAAACAGAUACGCUGAGACAAGAGCUAGCAGCAAUAUGUUAUGAGAAAAAUGUUUUGGGUUUCAAAGGACCUAGAAAAAUGACAGUAAUUAUUCCUGGUAUGCAUGAGAAUGAUGAGAGAGUUGUUAUUCGACCCAAAAAUGAGCUGGAGUCUCUGCUCACCCGAUAUGAGAACGGAAACAAAGAGAAUCUUGUCACCCUUUUAAAUAAAUCACCCAGCUGGAACGAGCAAACUCAGUCAUAUGUGCUAAAUUUUCAUGGCCGGGUUACUCAGGCAUCUGUGAAAAACUUUCAGAUUGUCCACCCAGAUAAUGAGGACUACAUUGUGAUGCAGUUUGGGCGAGUAGCUGAAGAUGUGUUCUCCAUGGACUACAGCUUUCCCAUGUGUGCUCUGCAGGCUUUUGCCAUCACUCUGUCUUCCUUUGAUGGCAAACUGGCUUGUGAAUGAGCCUCAUUCAUCUGUAUUUUCUGUUCAUUCAAAAAGGGAAACUUAGCUUUAAUUUGAUAUUUGAAUGUUCUUGCAGUCCUUUUAAUGAAUUUUAGAAUUUAACUAUUAUCCACAAUAUUAUCCACAGGUUGCAAUGUACAGUAGAUAAUUUAUCUGUUUUCCUAAUUAUGAAUCUACAAUUAGACAUUUAUUUUGUAUUUAUUCACGCUUUAAUUGUUAAUUUAAAUUGCCUGCUCUCCAAGAUAUUUUCAUUUCCUUCGUUUACAUGAACAAAGAGAGAUUGACAUUGUUAAAUAAAAACCUGUUGAAUUC